AUGACUCUCACAACCUUCCCCCAGAUCUCAUCAACAGCACCCACAUCCCCCGAUCUUAAAAUCCUUAACCUCUCUCGCCUCCUCACCCGCCUGGAAUACAACCUGCUCUCCCAAUCCGCAGACCUCAAAUCUCUCCGACGAAACGAAUACCAGCGCAUGCGCAUAGCAGCCAACGUCGAGUACGCCCGCACCCUCCUUUCACAGCUCGAACGCACUCUCCCUACUCUCAAACCCCUCGACCGCCGCCACGAUCUCCAAACAGACCUCACGCGAAAGCGACAAACACUCAAGCUCCUCCAGGAUGUAUUGGACAGGAGUGCUGCUGAAGCGGAAAUGCGCCAAUCUGCCGACCCCGACCUAGACUCUGACGAAGAGGACGAGAUAAUCCUCGAUGGUGAGGAGGAAGAAGCGGUAACAGUCACGCCCGAGGCGGGGAGCACAUCAUCCGCAUCAGAAGGGAACAGGGAUGCUGUCUCCGAGGAAGCGAGGGAGCAGAUGCACGCCGAAGCGGAAGGCGAGGCUGAAUUCGAGAUGGAUAUCUCCCAGACUACAUCGCAGAAUACUGCGUUAACAACGGCAACACCACAACCAUCAGCGACAGCAACAGCAGCAGCAGCAACACCGACACUGCGGCACCGACAUCAGAGUGGCCCUACUGCUGUAACAGACUCCACAGCAAUUGCCACUGGCUCCGCGACCUCAACUUCCAAGCUCCAAGAAACAGAGCAGACGCUCGAUGCCCACCGUGCCGAGCAAGAAGACCUCACCACCUCCCUGCUUUCCCUUGCGACGCAGCUCAAGGCUUCUUCGCAGGCAUUCCAUUCCAGUCUGGAGGCGGAGAAGUCGGUGUUGGCGCGCGCGGUCGAAGGUCUCGACCGGACGACCACCAAUAUGGGCGCCGCUGAGAAGAGGAUGGGGAUGUUGCGGCGCAUGACUGAGGGGAAAGGCUGGUUGGGGCGGAUGAUGCUAUAUGCUUGGAUUUUCGGUCUGUGGAUUGUGGCAGUGUUGAUUGUGUUUCUCGGACCGAAGUUGCGACUUUGA